UUUAAAAAUCAAUUAUUUAUAGAUCUGUAUUUUAACUGUUGAAUCCAAGAUAAAAUGUGCAAAUUCACCUUUCAUUUACAUUUUAAAACUGUCGUGUUCAAACAGGGUUAAGAAUGUAAAUUUAUUUCUGUCAUGGGAAAAUCAUUGAGUCUUUUAACAAAAGAAGAAUCAAAUUGUUGUACCCCUCAAAGAUAUGAAUUAUUUCUUGAUUUCGAAAAUGCUGCCCCUACAGACAUCGAGAAAGAAGUGUAUUUUGAAGUUCAAAAAGUGCUUUUGGCAUCAGAUUCCAUUUUAGAUGAAAUUCAAUGUUACAAAGGUGCUGGAAAAGAAAUUAGAGAAGCUAUUGCUGAACCAACUCCAUUGUUGCAAGAGAAAGCGUUAUUGGUAGUUGUGCCUUUGGUAGCAAAAUUGAAAAAGUGUUUUGAUCAUUCACUUAAGCUCGAAAAGGUUGUACCUAAAUUAUUGGGGCAGUUAGUAGGGGGCAAAUUAACACCAACACAACAUUUGGAAACACAACAAGCGUUGGUGAAACAAUUAGCCGAAAUUUUGGAAUUUGUGCUCAAGUUUGAUGAAUAUAAGAUGAAAACUCCAGCCAUACAGAAUGAUUUUAGUUACUAUAGAAGAACUAUACACCGACAUCGAAUGGAUUUAACACUAACAACUGAUAUAAUGUCCUCCGAAUUAGCAAACCGAAUGUCGUUGUUUUAUGCUCAUCCCACCCCAAUGCUAAAAGUUCUGAGUGAAUCAACUACAAAAUUUGUUGCAGACAAUUCAAAUGACAUAGAAAAUACAACAGAAACAUUAGGAACUAUGGCUAAAGUUUGUCUAAGAAUGUUAGAAAAACCAAAACUUGUUUGCCAAUUUGAAAGAGAAGAAACACAGUUAUUAGUCUUGAGGGUGAUGGUUGGAUUAGUCAUUUUAUACGACCAUGUACAUCCAAUCGGAGCUUUUGUAAGAGGGUCUCAUGUUGAUGUGAAGGGUUGUGUCAAGUUAUUACAAACGCAGCCUCCUUGCAGAGCUGAACCUCUCUUAAAUGCUUUAAGAUACACAACUAAACAUCUCAAUGAAGAAAAUACUCCUAAAAAUAUUAAAAACUUGCUAGCAGCCUAACUGAUGUUAUGAAUGGACAAAAUUCCACAAUAUAUAUGAAGGCUCAAAUGGCACACACAAAAAUAUAAAAAGCAAGUGCAAACAGUAUUCAAUUUCAACUCCACCAAAAGUAUUUAAUUGUUAUGGGAUAAUGAAAUCGCAAAUAGGUGAUUUGAUAGGGAUAAAUGUUGAACCAAAUAUAAGAAAAUUCUAUUGAAUUGAUAACAUUUCAAAUUAAAUGAAAAAUAAUUCUGUUCUAUGACACAUCUGAAAUUUUUAUAUUUAUUUUAAUUAAUGGGUACAAACUCUAUGAAAUCUAGAUUACAUAUAAGUAAAAUGAUUGUUAAUUUAAUACAUAGUUGUAUCAUAUUCGUUAUGAAAUAACAAAACGUAAAGUAAUAAAUAACCCAGCCUUAAAAUUAAUUUUAUUGUUGAUUUGAAUAUAAUCAAUAGAUCGAUAAUUCUAGUCGAUAAUUAGAUUAUUAGUUUAGAAAAAUUAAACAUUUAGUAAAAUAUUUAUUACGGUUUAUAUGACUAAAAUAAAGUUAAUUGUUUGCUUCUUCACAAAACAA